AGCCUUCAGAUCAGGUGGGUGUGACGCUACUGACCAACCUUUGGAUUAAUGAGACCAUAAACUCCUCUACUUCUGCUUACAGUUCAAAGUUGUGUCCUCUCAUUUCACUGCCAUAGUUUUCAGGUUUCCGUCAGUAUUACCUGUCUGUGUCCAUGGCCAAGUCAAUGAAUCUCCUGUGGGGGUCCGGGUCGCCUCCCUGUUGGCGGGUUAUGAUCACUUUGGAGGAAAAGAAGCUGCAGGGCUACAAACACAAGCUGCUGUCAUUUGAGAAAGGAGAGCACAAAUCUCAGGAAGUCCUGGAGAUCAACCCCAGAGGGCAGUUGCCAGCCUUCAGACAUGGAGACAACAUAGUGAACGAAUCAGCUGCAACGUGUUUAUAUCUGGAGAAUGAGUUCAAGUCCCAGGGCACCAAGCUGAUUCCUGACAGUCCAGCAGAGCGGGCACUGAUGUACCAACGCAUGAUGGAGGGUCUGACGCUCACGGAUAAACUCAAUGCUGUUAUCUACUACGAAUGGUUUGUCCCUGAAGGUGAGAGACACAACUCAGCUGUGAACAGAAACAAAGAAGCUCUGGCCACUGAGCUCAAACUCUGGGAGAGUUACCUGCAGAAGGUGUCUGCAGGUUCAUACCUGGCUGGAGCCUUCUCAUUGGCUGAUGUGAUUGUUUUUCCAAACAUUGCUUUUGCUUUUCGUUUUGGGUUAUCUGUUGGACGUUACCCAAACCUGGCCAAAUACUACAGGUUUCUGAAGGACAGAGCCAGCAUUAAGUCCAGUUGGCCGCCACAGUGGCUGCCCAGUGCACAGGGUUUUGACAACCUGAAGGACCUCUGAAACACACAGACCACUUUGUAUCUCCUACACC